CAGACUUGUGGAGGACAGCAAACUGGUCCCACUCAUUUUUGAUGUAAUUCUGGAACAUCAGGAGAACAUUCUGGGUAACACCAUGCAAAGUGUGAUUGCAUUGCUUAACAAUCUGGUUGCCUGCAAAGAUUCGAAUAUGAAGUUACUUUAUGAACAAGGACUGGUCUGUCAUGUCUGCAACCUGUUCACUGAAACUGCCACACUGUGCUUGGAUGUGAGCAAUAAAAACAACGAUGAGACACCAGCUGCAUUGCUAUUUUCCCUGCUUGAUAUUUUGCAUGGCAUGCUGACCUAUACAUCCAGUGUUGUACGGCUGGCUUUGCAGGCUCAGAAGUCUGGCUCCGGUGGGGACACUCAGGCCGCAGAAGAUCUGCUGAGGCUCAGCAAACCUCUGACAGACCUCAUUAGCCUGCUUAUCCCGCUGCUUCCUAAUGAGGACCCUGAAAUUUUUGAAGUUUCAUCCAAGUGUCUGUCUAUGCUGGUUCAGCUGUAUGGAGGGGAAAACCCAGAUAGCCUGUCUCCCAGAAAUGCAGAGAACUUUGCUGAUUUACUGACAUCUAAGAAGGACCCAAAGGAGCAGAAACUUCUGUUGAAGAUUCUCAGAAGAAUGGUCACCUCCAGUGAGAAGCGCCUGGUGGACCUCAAGGAUGCGGGUAGCCUCCUGCGGGCUCUGGAGUGGCUGGGCUCAUCUGGCAGUUCUUCAGCUGACAGUGCAGUGGCUUCCUUGGCCCUGGAAAUCCUUAAGGCUGUUGGCCACUAGGCAAGAAGACACUUCGCAUAGCCCGCUCUGCAGCACCAGCCCUCACACGUUCACCGCAUCAUCACCUGGAGCUCUGUAUGGACCUAAUAAAGUCGGCUGAACCCGGGACCUAUUGGGUGGGGUGCUCUCAGUAAAGCUGGGCCAGGGAAAAGCCACUCGAGUGGACGCCUUGGUCCCUGAGGGAUGUCUCUGGGAAGCUCAGAUUUGCUAGCUGUUGAGUGUUCCUUCCCUCCAGGUGGGUGAGGUGGGCCUCCUUAGGCCUGCACUGCCUGUGCUAAUCCACUGGGAGAGAAGCCAGUCCUGUGCCUGUGCUGUCUGAAAGCAUCUCUCCUUUCCAAAGAAAAUUUAAAAGGCAGGACUAGGCGUGAAAGCUCUCCCAGCCACAGCUCUAGAGCAAGGCUUUGGAAGCUAAUUUUAGUCUUUUGUCUUCCUCCCACUCUUACCUGCCUGACUCUUCAUUCCAAGAACACUGGGGAGGGCUGGGCUCCCCAUUAACAGGAACAGGUUACAAGUUUGCCCAAGGCAGCACAAAACUCAAGAAACGCUGGCUUCCCUGAAGGUCAGCCCAUCCAGAUGGGAUGAUGGCAUCAAGGUGGGAUCAUUCCCCCCAACUUCUACUCCUUACCCUUGAAACCUUUCCAGUUUCUUGCUAUGUUCCCUCAGGCAUGUGCUCUUAGAACCUCCCAUAUAAGUCGAGCCCAUGAGAGUAUUUAUACAGUGCAGAAGAGCACUGGGACUCAUACUGAGAAAGGCUCUCUCUUGAAUCUAGACUGGUGGGAAUGGUCCUGGGCAGCUCGAACCAGUGAGAAAUGCAAGGCCAUUCCUUGACCUCUCUGGAGCCUCAGUUUCCCCAUCUGCAAAACGCAAGGGCUAGACUACAUCUACAGUUGCUCUCUCUCAGCUUCAGUGCUGUGCUCCCUAGAGGGAGUGGGUGACACAUGCACAAGUGACAACUGUGUGGGUACACAGCUCCAUCUGCACCAUGGGAUGCUGGCCAUGCCAUCACUGACAGCUCUACUUUGUCACAGCAUAGUGAUCUGGGUAGUUUGCCAUUCCCUUCGGCUUAAUAAUGUGAACAGCAGCCCUGUGCCCACCUCCAUCAGAGGCAUGCGUCAGUUAACUUAAUCCUUACCAAAGCCCACAAAGCAAGCCUUCCUAACUUCAUUUAUAUAGGUGAGAAAACUGACGCUCAGAGCAGCCAGCCCACUUGCCCAGAGCCCCACCCACAUUCAGUUUCACUUGGGCUUCGACUCCGUAGCCGGUUGUCCCCCAGUGCAGUAUCCAGAGCUUGUAGUUGGGGUAGAAGAGAGUGUUCCACCCAGCAGCUGGCAGUUGCACAUGGGGUCUCAAAAGCCUUUUUACUGCCUGUGGAGAGGCAGCUCCAUGGUUAAGUCCCGUGGGCAGCAUGCCCAUCACCAGGCUAUGCGCCCACACGGCCUUGGCCUGGCUGAAUUUGCCUGUGCUUCUGGGGUCGGAGAGGAGCUGAAGGCCUGGCCUGGGCUCCACCUGCUUUGCCUGCUGGGUCCAGGGACAGGCACAGGUCUGUUAUUCCAGAAAAUCUGUUCUUUUCAGUUCUUGGUAGACUGCCCUGGAGUUCUGGGCCUGGAUGACAGUCCCAAGUGGAACUGCUGCCCUGCCAAGGCCGUCAGCCCAGGACACUGGGCUCCUGAAGCUGGACCAUGGCAUGAGGCUAAGUCCUCUGAGUUGGGAGAUGGUCCUGUCUCUCAUGAAGGUGCCAAAUGGCGAGCCGCAGCCCCAGUUCCAGUGAGCUCAGAGGUAGGGAUCAAAGUUAACCCUCCCCAUUUAAGGCCCAUACCCACUUCUCUGGUUUCCAAGGCUGGCUCCAAUUCUGAGAAGAGCUGGCUCCUGGCCCCCGGUCAGAGUUCUCCGGAUGCUGACAGGGGCAAGGGUCACACCCCGGCACCUCCCAGUCCUCCCCUUCCCACCACCUCUAAGCUUCAGCCUUUUGCUCUCAUGAUUGGCUACAGCCCAUUGGAUGAGUCUCUCAAGGGUGAAUGGGGUCCCCAGAGUUGCAGAGGUAGGAGGCAAAGGAGACAGCAGAACCAUUAAGGAGCAGGGAAGGCCAGGUGAGUGGCUGCAUGGGGCUUCCUUUCCUCCUGACAGCAGGCCCCGAACUUCACAGUCUCACCCUAGCUUACAGCUUGAAACAGGUGCUCAGUGAGCUGUCCCUCUGCGAAGAGCCAUUUGGAGUGACUCUGGCCAGAGGUCCUGACGUGUCCUAAGAAAUGACAAUCACCUGGGGUAGCUGGGGCAGCGGUCUGGGGAUGCCCCAGGGGACUCCUCAUACAGUUCUCUGCCCUUGAACUCUUCAUGUUCCCAAUACUGCCACGAGGUUUUCUGUUACCCCAUGGGGUUCUCAGGUCAGCUCUGACUGCUGGGCGGGCUUUAUCCAUGGACCUACAUCAGAAAGCAGGGGCUCUGGUGGCUGAGGUGAGUGACAGGAGAGGGACUGGCUCUCUCCUCCACUUGAAGCAGGAUAGCUUCCCCUCCUAGCAACAGAAAAACGUGUAGAAACAAAUCUCUGAUACAUGGAUAUACACAGCGGUUGAGGUACGAGCCUCAGGAACAAACUGGCAGGGAAGCAGGGAGAAAGCUACAAAAGCCCUAAGAAAGGGACUUGGCUCCUAGGGAAAGCACAGCCUCAAGCUCUGGUGGGCUGAGAGGAGGGAAGUGUAGAACAGACAGCACGAAGCCAUGGCCUGGAACCACAACCAGGGAGGUAUGUAGCCCCGAUGUGACCUGGAGGGAAGACUCCCUUUUAAAUUCCACUUCUGGCCUCUAUUAGAGGCUUGCAUAGAGGUGGUAGAGGCCAUCUGUCACCUCCUCCUAGCUUACUCAUGGGGUGGGGAAUGGCAUGGGGAAUGCUUUACAGGGUAAGCAAAAGGAAGCACUUUUUAGCCUCACCCUCACCCCCCCCAUCAUUUUGUAGCGACACUUGGUGGGUGAGUCACACAAAGCAAGGAAAGCAGUUAGACUGUUAGGUUCUUGCCUUCAUCACCACAGCUGCAGUCCUUGACUGGGCUCUCUUCGCUUUGUGAACCAAACAGCAUGAUUCAGAUGUUGUUUUUAUUACAGUCAUCAAAACAAGAACUAAAGAGCAUUAUUUAUCUCAAGACCUUUCACUGUCAAGGAUUCAAAUAACCAGGUCUGUAACAUCUGCUGGAACAUGGAAAAGCUUCAUUGAUCACGUGCUCUGUGCACCGCCUUCCCUACAUAACUGACACUCUUGGUUUUUGUAGUAAUCACUUCCUUGCCAUCCAAGGAUGAUUGUUUUCCCAUCCAAGGGUGAUUUCCUUAAAAUAGUUUGCCCUUUUUUGGAUCAAUCAAGUUCUACACCAUAUUUAUUGGAUGCAUGGGCUUCCAGAGUAGAUUGUCAGUGUCCUAUCAAGCCGUGCUGAAGUUUGAGGCAGAAGAAAAAGCAUUACCAUCAACCAUACUUUAUAUUUAAAAUGUUGGAUUUUUUGGUCAUGGGUUUUCUUCUGCAUUUUUUUCAAUUUUAUUCAAAGAGCUACCCAAUUGUUCCAUAUCUUUCUAAAAAGUCCCUUUUUCACACCGACUUCCUGUUGCCUCUAGAAUAGUGUCCCUGCCUGCAUCCCAUUCUUUUCCCUUAACCUCUCCUCCUCUCUCUCUGCCAACAGUGUUAACUACCUCUCAGCUUUAGCAGUAGGCCUUGAUGCCCCGUAAAGCCACUCUUCCUCUCUUGGUGUUGGCUAAUCUUGACUCUUCUAAGUACACUGCAGGACCAUCCUGCUGAAUUUGAUAAAAUUUUUUAAAUGGAACUUCAAAUCUACGAUUUUAAGCAAAGCUCUUAAAGUGUUUCCUGGUUUUAAA